UAGAUUUUAUAAAAGCUCUCUUUCUCCUCUUACUGACGCAAUAGAAUAUACUCGGGCGGACUCAUCCCGGAAUUCAGGGGAAGCAGCCGAAGGCUUCAAGUCCAAUAAUCCACAUUUUUCUCGUGAUUAUCGACGAAAUUUAACUUCUUUCGGACUUCAUUUUCAGACUGAACUGUAGUAUGAAGGACUAUCUCUCGAAUGAUCAAGACUCCAUAGGAAACUGAUCCUCAGAAGUCAAGUAAUGAUCGUUUCUAAAAGCUUGGGUAAGCCAAAAUUUUACGCAAAAUUGUCUACGCGCCAAUAAUUAUUAAUUAUGACACCCUGCUGUAUAAUUAUAUCGUCAUACGUCAGAGACUUGACAUCGCCAUGCACAUUAUAUCGCCAUGUGAUUCAUAAAAUAGUAAUUAGUAUACCGUUUCUGUAGCUCUGUAAAAUUUUCGUCGAAACUGACAACAAUCCUUUCGAGAAUUUUGUCGUAUCUCCUCCAUUUCACAUGCACUCGUUUGCGACACCGAUGUGCCCACGUGCUUAUUACAAAGUCUGAAAUAUAUUGCGCGCGCGGAUCUCGACUCGCACGUAACAAUUAGCAAUUUACCGAUUCUUUUGCAUUUUGUGUCUUUUGUCAUUUCUUUGUUGUUAUCGCGUGCUCCGUGCGCCGUACAAAAAUUUAUGUACAAAAGCACAUUUUGAUGCAAAUUUUGCCCCGUCUAUUAUACCUAUAGUGGCAAUAUUUUUUUGAUAUAAACAGCAACUAUCGAGUUAAGGCGCCCAUUCCGAAAAUCGAUAAACUGAUCUUUAAUAAAUGGUUUCUUUAACGCUGAGAGUUGUGCACGACGUCUUUUAUUUCAGGUCAUUAGACUCAUUACUAUAAGUAUAUGGUAUGCCACAAAUGUAAAAUGCAAAUGUUGCAUGUCUGUUUGUUUUCAUAUACCUUAUCGGACGUUAUUUGACCGGACAUACUUUUAACCGGACAUUAAAAUGAACGCUCAAAAGGCCAUCUACUUAGGAGGUCCUCCAAAAUUUGAACGGUCAUUAAAAUGAAUGGUAGGGCCUUUUCUAGCGUCCGAUUAAUGUCCGAAAAGUAUUUGCUGAUUAUUCCCGUUGAUGUUAAGGGUUGCUUGGAUUUGAUUCCCCGCAAUCGAAUUUUGCUACGUAUUCAUUCAUCAUUGAUUUGUAUGAGCCUUCUUUCCUAGAUCUACUAAAAUAAACAUUGUGAUUUUAAUUCAUCCGAAAGCUUAAUUUAUAACAUUGAUUGAUCAAAUGUUUUGCCCAUUACAUUAGGAUGUGUCCUUUCCAAGAAUUAAUGGAGAGCUACUUUUAAAACUUGAUAGAUGUCUUUCGACCGAAAAAUGUUACAGAUCUACGUUUCAUUUUUUGCAUUACUGCCGUGCACUAUAGCUCAAAAUGAAGAUAUAGAUGGAACUCACAUCUCAGUCGAGCCCCCUAUGAACAAAUGGCCGAUAAUAUGGCAUCAAGCAGUCACCAUUUCAUGCGCGUGGACACCUUUGGAUAAACUUCGUAGAAAAGGAAAGGCUGAGGGAGACAUAUUUGUACAGCAGUUAAAUAAUGAUAGAGAGGUUUCAAUAUUUGCGGAUCCCAUCUACGGAGACAUGAUAAAUCUUGAAGAUCCUAAAGAAAGGGUGUACUUUGAGAGUAACAAUGAAGCAGGAACAUCAUUUCUUGUUAUAAAGAACGUUACUAAAGAAGACUCUCGUAGAUUCAAAUGCCGGGUGAAUGGCGGUAAAAUAUCUGACGGGAUAACACUUGAAAUCCUAGAGCCCCCUGUUAAGGAAGUAAGUAAUUUUGUAGCAUCUCCCGGGUAUGAUAAGGCGGAGCUAUCUUGGGAUGCGGUGGUAGGAGCAAUCACCUACAUUGUAAAAUACCAACUUCUUGAUGCUCAACAAUGGGAAAUGGUGGAGGUGGAGAAUCCUAAUGUUACAAUAGAGUAUUUAGAUCCCGCUACUGAAUACAAAGCCUUGGUCUCUGCCUCGAACACUGCUGGAAUAAGGGCUAAUGUUCUACCUGCUGAGAUUGUUUUCAAAACUGGAGGUUUUAAAGCUCCUUGUUUGGCUGGAAACUUCAUGACUAAGACAGGAUGUAAGCAAUGUGGAGAGAACAGUUACAGUAGUGAUGGAGCUUCUUCUUGUAUAAGCUGUCCUGAUGGCCAAGUUUCAGAUGCUGGAUCAAAAACGGUUGCUGAUUGUUACCAUGCACGAUGCUCUGCUGGAGACUUCAUGACUAAGACAGGAUGUAAGCAAUGUGGAGAGAACAGUUACAGUAGUGAUGGAGCUUUUUCUUGUAUAAGCUGUCCUGAUGGUACAGCAGCACCUACUGGAUCAACAUCAGUUGAAGAUUGUCAAUAUGCUCCUUGUUCGGCUGGAGACUUCAUGACUAAGACAGGAUGUAAGCAAUGUGGAGAGAACAGUUACAGUAGUAAUGGAGCUUCUUCUUGUAUAAGCUGUCCUGAUGGCCAAGUUUCAGAUGCUGGAUCAAAAACGGUUGCUGAUUGUUACCAUGCACGAUGCUCCGCUGGAGACUUCAUGACUAAGACAGGAUGUAAGCAAUGUGGAGAGAACAGUUACAGUAGUGAUGGAGCUUCUUCGUGUAUAAGCUGUCCUGAUGGUACUGCAGCACCUACUGGAUCAACAUCAGUUGAAGAUUGUCAAUAUGUUCCUUGUUCGGCUGGAGACUUCAUGACUAAGACAGGAUGUAAGCAAUGUGGAGAGAACAGUUACAGUAGUAAUGGAGCUUCUUCUUGUAUAAGCUGCCCCCCUGCUCAUGUUUCAGCAAAAGGAUCUUCAUCUUUCGAUGACUGUAAACCAAUUACAUGCUUGGCUGGAAACUACAUGACAGAUAGUGGAUGUAAGCAAUGUGGGGAGAACACUUACAGUGCUGAUGGGGCCUCUUCUUGUAUAAGCUGUCCCAACGGCAAAUUCUCUGCCGAAGGCUCUACGUCUAACAAUGACUGCGAAAGCCGCGACACUGACAAACCUGACAUCUCAAUCCAACCAUCUGUGGAGAAUGGACCAAUAAUAUGGCAUCAAACUGUUGUCAUAUCUUGCUCGUGGCCACUUCAUGCGCUUCAUGAAGAUAGAGAACCAGAAAUAUUUGUGCAACGAAGAGAUAACUUUAUAUAUAUAGAAAGUGAUAUCAUUUUGAAUAAAACCAUCUCGCUGAAAGAUCCAGAGCAGCGGGUGUAUUAUGAAGUCAACAAGGAAGAAGGAACAUUAGUUCUUGUUAUCAAGAAUGUCACUAAGGAAGACUCAGGAACCUUCAUGUGUUGGAUGUAUCGUGGCAAGAGAUCUGACCUGGUGAAAGUGGAUAUCUUAGAGCCCCCGAUGAGUGUAACCAAUCUGGUAGCCACUCCCGCAGAAGAUACCGUUAAGUUGACUUGGGAUGCUGUUGGACGGGACACAACCUAUACUGUACAGUACAAACCUAAUGAUGCUGAAGAAUGGACGGAGGUCCAUUCGGUGUUAUCUCAUCUUAAAAUAGAGCAUCUCAUCCCCGCAACUGAGUACAUAGCUAGAGUCUCCGCUGCUAAUUCUGCCGGGAUCAGAGAUGGACUUGUUCCUGUUGAAAUAACUUUCUUUUCAAAAGAAAAGAGGAAGCGGCCUGACUACCGAGGUAAAGACCUUUCACCGAGGAGGGAACCGGAAAAAUCUAACGAAAGACAAAUGGAAUACUUCAACUUCGAACGCUAUUUGGAACUGACCACCGUGGAUAUCUACAAACAAUUAAGGGCCGCAAAUGAAAAGAAAAAAGCUGAACGAUAUAAGCACGAUGGUUUUAACAAGAACGAGAACGUUCUAGUUGAAGUUAUCGAGGAUAAAGUGAAACGAUCAGUAGGUGAUCUGAUUGAGAAGCGGGCGGAUAAUUGCAGAGUUUUUAAUAAGAAAGGCUGGAGUAUUUGUAAAAACUAAAACUCAAUUCAGUUAUAUUUAUUUUUAACAAUAACAUAUUUCAUCGGUGAUCGUAAUGAGAUAAAAACAUUCAGGAUGCUUCUUUUUGUGUAUUGUUUUGUUUUCUUCUCA